AUGAAAAAUCAGAACCGAAGUUGGAUGUAUGAUAGAAUGUAUGACCAAAGGCGAGGUCUUAAGCCCAGGUUUGUUAAAGGGGUAAAUGAAUUUGUGGAAGUGUGUACUAGAACUCAUGAAUUUCUCAAAGGAGUUUUAGUUAGGUGUCCAUGUGCCAAAUGUCAAUGUGGGAGAUUUAAACAGCUGAUCGACAUUAAGAUUGAUCUAUAUACUCAUGGGUUUAAACCUAAUUAUUGGGUUUGGACAGAGCAUGGAGAGGAGAUAACCACAGAGAAUCAGAUUAUGAUAGAUGAAGACAUUGAAAGCAGCUCUGCAUUAGGUGGUAUUAUAUGGGAAGAAAAUUUUGAUCGUUAUCAUGAGAUGGUUGUUGAUGCUUUGCAACCUAAGUUUCACAUGUACAUGCAACCAGCAGUGGAGGAACCAAAUCGAGAUGCUAAGAGAUUUUAUAACCUCUUAGAUUCAAUUAGUAAACCCUUGUGGGAAAAUUGUAUCCAUUCACGAUUGUCACUUGCUAGUAGGAUGCUAAGUAUAAAAUCACAAUUGUCUUUUGACCAGUGGACAACUUUGUUUAGAGAAAUGCAAACAACUCUAAAUGAAAUUCCUGCUAAUUAUUAUGAAGCUAAGAAAAUUGUUUCCCAACUUGGGUUUAAGGAGGUUAAGAUAGAUUGUUGUGUCAAUGGUUGUAUGAUAUAUUACAAAGAGGACAAAGAUCUUAGACAAUGUAAAUUUUAUGGGGAGUAUAUAUUUAAGCCUAGAAAAGGUAAAAAUAAAAAGGUUCCAUAUAAAAGAAUGCAUUAUUUGCCAUUGAUUCCAAGGCUACAAAGGUUGUAUGCAUCAAUGAGUACUGCCCCUCAUAUGUUGUGGCAUCACCAAAAUCGCAGAAACGACGACGUGAUGACACAUCCUUCUCAUGGUGAAGCAUGGAAACAUUUUGAUACCAAGCAUCCUCAUUUUUCAAGCGAACCGCGUAAUGUUAGACUUGGACUUUGUUCUGAUGGGUUUUCUCCUAAUGUUCAUUUUAGCACACCGUACUCUUGUUGGCCUGUUAUAGUCACCCCUUAUAACCUUCCACCUCAUAUGUAUGAACUUAAAGAGUUGUGGGAUGAAGGCGUCCUAACAUACGACAUUCAUAGCAAGAGGAAUUUUCAGUUAAAGGCCACAUUAAUGUGGUCCAUUAACGAUUUUUUUGCUUAUAGAAUGUUGUCUGGUUGGAGCACGGGGGGAAGAUUAGCGUGUCCAAUAUGCAUGGAGGAUACCAAGGCCUUUUGGUUAGAUUAUGGCAGAAAGAAUUCGUUGUUUGACUGUCAUAGGAGAUAUUUACUUGAAGGUCAUCCUUAUAGGCGUAAUAAAGUUAGUUUUAAGAAGAAUGUUGAGGAAGAUGAAGAACCUCCUAUUAGGCUUAGCGGUGAACAGAUCUGGAAAAGAGUUAGACAAUAUCCUAAAAUAGUUGACAGAAGAUGA